CUCACCUUUCCCCACACAAACUCUCGCUCCGUCACCCUGACUUGCAGGAACAGAGCGGGAGGCAAAAGCUACCUAGUACCUAGUUCAACUUCCGAGUCAGUUAGCCGAUGGUGGUGGAGGUUGAGUUUCGCUUCCCCCGCGUAUGGUCCUGUCAAAUUUUAAUUUGUCUUAAGCUGCCGGUUAGACUAGCGUUUCUCGUAUUUGGAUGCAUCAUACAUUCGCCCCGUUACACCUCAUCUUGGUUUGUCUUGUAUGGGAUGAUGCUGAUGCUGCUGAUGCUGAUGCUGAUGCUGCUGCUGAUGAUGAUGCAAGUUAGAUUAAAACUUACUAACUAACUCUUUCACCUGCUUACCUCACGACUUUAGUUAGAUACUCGCCGAAGAAGGCAAGGCAAGUCGAGUCCGGGAUAUGUACACGAGCCU